CUACGGCAGCAGGGACCGCGCCAAGAUGUCAGGUAUUAGUCCGGAGGGGCAGAUCCGUGAGCAGCCCAGCGGCUCCCGGGUCUACGGUGCAUUAGCCGCUCGGUGGGAGAGGGAUCCCGGGCAGCUGUGCUGGGGACCCAGCCGCGGAGAUUUGCGAGCGGGCUCCCCCGGGGGAUGCUACCCGCCACCUCCGGCCCCCGAGAGCCAAAGGUGCUGCUGUUGCGGCUGCCGCUGCUGGCGCGUUUCAUCCAAACUCCAGCCAGCGCGGGGGCAAGUUGCGCCGGAGACAUCAGAGCCGCUGCGCUUUGGAGAGGCGAGGGCGCCCUGGGAGCGCGGCGGCACCAUGCCUGCUAUCAAGAAGGAGCGACCUGACAGGGAGGAGAUGGCCCUGGCUGCCUUUAACCAGCCCAUGGAGACCUUACCUGACUAUCUGGCCCCUUUGGCGGCCGCUGCCAUCCCGGUGGUGACCCCCCACCCUCCGGCUUACGACCAGAUCUUUGCCCACCACCACCGUGCCUACCUGGGCUUCCACGAGACCCACCACCCGCACCACCCCCAUCACCGCCUCCCCGAGGACCUGAUGCUGGAGCGCUUUUCCUCCAUCCCGGAUUUCCAGCCCUUCUUCGACAACGGCGAGCCCUGCAUCGAGGUGGAGUGCGGGGAGAACAAGGCGCUGCUCUACAUCAAUAAGUUAUGCCAGGGCAGCAAAGGACCCUCCAUCCGGUACCGGGGAGAGUGGCUCACCCCUAACGAGUUCCAGUUCGUCAGCGGCAGGGAGACCGCCAAGGACUGGAAGCGGAGCAUCCGGCACAAAGGGAAAAGUUUGAAGACUCUUAUGUCCAAAGGAAUCUUACAGGUACAUCCUCCAAUCUGUGAUUGCCCUGGGUGUCGAAUUUCGUCUCCAGUGAACCGGGGUCGCCUGGCCGAGAAGAGAACAAUCCCUCUGCCUCCCACCAGGCUCCCAAAGAAAGAGCUGCCCUCCAUUUUCUCACAUAGCGACGACAGCGAGGAGAGUGACAAGGCCAAUGGUCAACACCCUGAGGUGAAGCAGGAGGAGGAUCUGCAUAUCAGUAUCAUGAAAAGAAGGAUACACACCCACUGGGAUUUAAACAUCUCCUUCCGAGAGACCUCUUGCAGCCGUGAUAACGACCUCUCCACCAUCAUCUCCAACCUGCAUCAGAGCCGCCAACUCGUUAUGCCAGAGACCCAGAGUCGCUGUGAAUUCAAGAGAAACAGCAUCGACGUCGGCUUAGGAGCAGCAGAUGAAAUUUUAGGCAGGAGAAGAGUAUGUUCUCCCAACAGCAGCAGUGAGUGUCCUUUAGAAAGCAAGAAAACCCGAAGCGAGUCCCCAAAGGACAAUUCCCACACGCCCGUGCUCGAAGACGUGGUGACUCAGAUGACCCCGGAGGAACACUACAGGCGGAUGAUGUCGGCUCUGAACGAACACAGCACCUUCGAGGAGCAGCAGCGUCUCUACCAGUUGGCCAACAGCAUGGCAGUCCCCAGCCACGGUGAUCUGCUCCGAGCGCGGCAAGAGGCGGCGGCGCGGAACCCCGCGGCCAUGGAGGCGCAUCUCCCCGCGGCCAGCAACUCGUCCAGCCAGCGCCGGAAACAGGGGCUGCCCCAGCACCGCGACACGCACUUCCCCGAGAGGGACAUGUCCCACCCACCGCCUCUGCUGUCACCCCAGAAUGCCCCCCACAUUGCGCUAGGGCCUCACUUGAGACCUCCCUUCCUGGGGGUGCCUUCAGCUUUGUGCCAGACGCCAGGUUACGGGUUUCUGCAGCCGGCACAAGCAGAGAUGUUUGCACGGCAGCAGGAGAUGCUGCGGAAACAGAAUCUUGCCAGGCUUGAGAUGUCGGCCGAGAUCAUCCGCCAGAAGGAGCUGGAGAAUCUCCAUCGGCAGAGGCUACUGGCCGGCGACCCGCUGAGCCUGCACCCGGGCUUGCCCCAGGACCACCCGGCCUUGCGGAACAUGCACGACAUCCCCGAGGGGCACCCUCUGCGGGACGAGCUCUCGCGGAGGAACGCCAUGCUCGUGCUCCGGCACAACAACACGCCGCUGCUCUCGCUGAACCACGGGGUGCCCAGCACCACCCCGCCCAAGGAGCAGGGCCGGAGGGGGAGCCGGAAAUCAGUGCACCACCGGGCUGAGCCUCCAGGCCUGCACGAGGCCAAGGAGCUUGCCGAGCCCCGGGCGCGGGAUGGCGUGCCCGACUGCAACGAUGAGGAGAUGAAAGACUCGGAGAGCGAUGCUGAAGUGAGCGACGAGAAGCCGGAGAGCCUGAAAGCUGAGAGCAGCAGCUCAGCCAGUGAACUCAAAGAGUGCAAAGAGACAGGCAAGGUCUACGAGGGGGCCAAGGAGCUGAGUGAAGUGGCUUCCGGCCAGAAUGCCCCCUGCAGCUCCUCAAGCACUGAGUCACCCAGCCACCUGCUUGGCCAAGGCAUCAAUAAAAAUGAGGUGAAAUACCUCCCUCCGGCCUCCAUCCCACCACCUCAGCCGCUGCCCUUUGGAUUCCCUUAUACGAUGAGCCCCUAUUUCCACGCAGGCGCCAUGGGAGGUCUGUUCUUGGAUGGGGAGGAGAGCCCUGCGCUGGAAGACAUCAGCAAAUGGACAGUGGAGGAUGUCUGUAACUUUGUGGGCAGUUUGUCUGGCUGUGCCGAGUACACUCAGGUAUUCAGGGAACAGGCUAUCGAUGGUGAGACGCUGCCUCUCCUGACCGAAGAGCAUUUACUGAACAACAUGGGGCUCAAACUGGGACCAGCUCUGAAGAUCAGGUCACAGGUGGCCAAGAGAGUUGGCAGGGUUCUCUAUAUGGCAAGCUUCCCCAUGGCAUUCCCCCUGCAGCCCCCUGGCUUACGGCCUCCAGACCGAGACCUGGCGCCCACUGAGCUCCGCCCAUCCUCUACGGGCAGCGUAUCCUCCCCGUACAGCAGCAGCCUGCUCCCUGCUAGCCGCAUCUCACCAAAGCAGGAAAAUGGAAACCCCCCAUUAAUGGCUGGAAUCAACGACACCACGAAACCGCCAUCGUAACUGCACAGCCGCUCGACUCCCUCCAGUCCUAAGACACAGUGUGAUGAACUCAACAUAACGAGUGCGAGAGACGAGGGGACCCUCUCCCCCAGCCCGAGGGUCAAGGAAAGAGGGAAAGGGGGUUGUGUGUGUGCGCAUUCACUUUUGUUUUGUUUUAAAAAACCC